UACAGAAGAAUGGUCAGCUGUCCACCGUCAAUGGCUUAGCUGAGCAAGAAGAGCUCAGCCUCCAGGAGGGAGACCUGAACAGCCAGGAGGAAGAAGUCAUUGCCACAGAUGUUGGACAGAAAGAGUCUGAAGAUGUGAGCGAAAGAGACUCAGAUAAAGAGAUGGCUGCUAACUCAGCGGUUGUUCAAGACAUCGCAGAUGAUGGGCAGGAGGAAAUGCCCGAAAUAAUCGAACAGAUUCCUUCUUCUGAAAGCACUUCAGAUGAGUUAGCACAGCCUGCUGAGUCCCAGGCUAAUGAUGUUGGAUUUAAGAAGGUGUUUAAGUUUGUCGGCUUUAAAUUCACUGUGAAAAAGGAGAAGACCGAGAAGUCUGACACCGUGCAACUGCUCACGGUCAAGAAAGAAGAAGGCGAAGGAGCAGCAGGAGCUGGCGACCACCAGGAGCCCAGCUCAGAGCCCGGAGAAGCAGCAUCCAAAGAGACUGAACUCAAACAGCCUGCAGAGAAACCUGAAGAGACCCUCACGCGCGAGCAGAGCAACCCAGACAUUUCUCUUCAAGCUGAAUCUGGUCAAGCAGCAGAGGAAGGCAGAGAUGAAAGUGAAGGAAAACAAGAAAAAGAACUGAGCAAGUCUCCAGAAUCUCCCACUAGUCCAGUGACCGGUGACACAGCGUCACCCUUCAAAAAGUUCUUUACUCAAGGCUGGGCUGGCUGGCGGAAAAAGACCAGUUUCAAGAAGCCGAAGGAGGAGGAGCUGGAAGCUUCAGAGAAGAAAAAGGAACAAGAGCCAGGAAGAGGAGACACAGAGGAAAACGGGAAGGCAGAAGAUGCCUCGGAGCAACCGCGUCCCCAGGGGCCAGCAGAGAGCGGCAGCCAGGCCAGGCUGUCAGCCGAGUUCGAGAGAGUGGAGCUGCCCCCGGAAGGUCGCCUUAGUGGCCUGCAGGGCUCUUUGGAAGAGAAAUCCGCUCCUUUAGCAACAGAAAUAUUUGAUGAAAAAAUAGAAGUCCAGCAGGAAGUCGUUGCAGAGGUGCACGUCAGCACGAGCACGCUGGAGAAGGACACAGAGGAGCAGACAGCGGAGGGCGGAGAAACAGAAGAACCUUUGCCACCCGAGAAAUUAGUGGAAACAAAUGCUGGACCUCAGGAAGCUGAACCUGCUGAGGAGCUGGCGAAGACCACAGAAGUCUCUGUCUCUGGAGGGGACCAUACCCAGCCAGCUGAACUAAGUCCUGAUGACAAAGUGUUGUCCAGACACCCCGAGGGCGUCGUCGGUGAGGUGGAAAUGCUGUCGUCCCAAGAGAAAAUUAAGGUGCAAGGAAGUCCUUUAAAGAAACUUUUUACUAGCACUGGCUUAAAAAAGCUUUCUGGAAAGAAACAGAAAGGGAAAAGAGGAGGCGGAGAUGAAGUGUCGGGGGAACAUAGUCAGGUUCCAACAGAUUCUCCAGACAGUGCCGACGAGCAGAAGGGGGAGAGCUCUGCCUCGUCCCCUGAAGAACCCGAGGACAUCACGUGCCUGGAGAAGGGGGCGGUGGAGGGACACCAGGAGGGGGAAGUCGAAGAAGGAGCUACUUCCGAUGGAGAGAAAAAAAGAGAAGGUGUGACUCCCUGGGCAUCUUUCAAAAAGAUGGUGACCCCCAAGAAACGUGUGAGAAGGCCUUCUGACAGUGACAAGGAGGAUGAACCGGACAAGGUCAAGAGUGCCACCCUGUCUUCUGCGGAGAGCGCAGCCUUUGAAAUGCAGGAGGAAAUCAAAGGAGGUGGAGAAGAGCAAAAGCCAGAAGAACCCAAGCGUAAGGUGGACACGUCAGUAUCUUGGGAAGCUUUAAUAUGCGUGGGAUCAUCCAAGAAAAGAGCGAGAAAAGCAUCAUCUUCUGAUGAGGAAGGGGGACCGAAAAUGAUGGGAGGAGACAGUCAAAAAGCAGAUGAGGCUGGAAAAGACAAAGAACCAGGAACAGACCCUGUCCUCGCUAGUUCCCAAGAACAUGAUCAAGGGCAGGGAAGUUCCUCACCCGAGCAGGCUGGAAGCCCUACUGAAGGGGAGGGCGUAUCCACCUGGGAGUCAUUUAAAAGAUUAGUCACGGCAAGAAAAAAAUCAAAGUCAAAACUGGAAGAGAAAAAUGAAGACUCUGUACCUGGGUCUGGUAUAGAACAUUCAGCCUCUGAUGUUGAACCUGGGAAAGAAGAAUCUUGGGUUUCAAUUAAGAAAUUUAUCCCUGGACGAAGGAAGAAAAGGUCAGAUGGGAAACAAGAACAAGCCACUGCUGAAGGUACAGGGCCGGCGGAGGUCACCGAAGAUGACCUGGAUGUCCCAGCUGUAGUGCCUCUGUCCGAGUAUGAUGCAGUAGAAAGGGAGAAAAUGGAAACCCAGCAAGCCCAGAAAAGUGCAGAGAAGCCUGAGCAAAAGGUCUCAGUGUAUGUGUCCGAAGAGCUCAGUAAAAAUCUGGUUCACACGGUGACCGUGGCUGUCAUUGAUGGGACAAGGGCAGUUACCAGUAUUGAAGAGAGGUCUCCUUCAUGGAUAUCUGCUUCCGUGACGGAACCUCUUGAACAAGCAGAAGAUGAGGCCACACCAUUAACUGCAGAGGUAUUUGAAAGAGAAAUCAUUGUAGAAGAAACCCCUGUGGUUACCAAAACUUUGCCAGGGGGCAGAGAUGGCUGCGACGACACCAUUGCGAGUGAGCUGGAAUUAACUUCUGAAGUGGUGACAGCUGCAGAAACUACAGAGUCACUCUGUGCUGAAGAAGCCACUGAAGCGUCUGGUGCUGAAGAGACCACAGAAAUGGUGUCAGCGGUUUCCCAGUUAACCGACUCCCCAAACACCACAGAGGAAGCGACACCCGUUCAGGAGGUAGAGGAUGACGUGCCAGACACAGCAGACCAAGAGAGGCGGACGCAAGAGGUCCUGCAGGCGGUUGCAGAAAAAGUGAAAGAGGAGUCGCAGCUGCCUGACACCAGUGAGCCAGAUGACACCAUUGAGACCAUGCAGAAAGUAGAGUCAGAAACACCAGAGAGGGCAGAAGAAGCAGAAACGGAUUCCACAGCACUAGAGCAGGAGAGAGAGAUGGAUGUAGUGUUGAAAGGACGUGUGCAAGAGACUGGAACUGAGCACGUUCCACAAGAGAAGGUAGUUGAACAGACCAUCCCAGAAAGCUUUGAAAAAGGUCCUCAAGUCACAGAGAGUGUAGAGCCCAGUGAGCUUAUAACCACUUGUCAAGCUGAAACCUUAGCUGGGGUAAAAUCACAGGCCAUUCUCAUGGAACAGGCUACUCCCCCUGACUCAGCUGAAACCCUCACAGACGGUGAGACCCGUGGAAAUAUCCCAGUAGCAGAUUGUGAAGUUCCACAUACAACACAGCAAGACAAGAUCGUGGAAAUCCAGGAAGAUAAUAACGUGGCUUCUGGCACCCAGUCACAGGCCACAGAAACAGAGGCAGUUCCCGCACAGACAGAGGGGCCUCCAGCACCUUCUAGUUUUCAGUCUCAGGAGGAAAAUAAAGAACCGUCAAAAGUGGAAGAAGUUCUGGAACCUACAGAUAAAGAGGUGUCAGUGGAAGCUGUACCCAUUCUGACAAAGACGGAGGCGAUUCAAGAGGCUGGCCAGUUUGCUGAUGAGGAAACCAAAGACGUGCCAUUCGCUGAAGGACUUGAGCUGUCUACAGAUACAGACAUGACAGUCAGUCAGGAGAAGGUCAUUGAAGCUUCCCUUAAAGACGAAGUGACUAACAAAGGUGCAUGUCACAAGAAUGGUAGUAUUGAACUCCAGAGUCUUCCGAAAUCUGUUCCAUCCCCAGUGGAGAGAGAGAUGGUGGUUCAAAUGGAAAGGGAGGAAAGUGAAGCAAAGCUAGCCCAGGUGAGCGAAGAGAAGCUCGAGCGGACGGCAGCUGUCACCGUAUCCGAAGAGCUCAGCAAGCAGCUGGUUCACGUAGUUCAUGUGACAGUCAUAGAUGGGGAAACGGAAGUCAGCAGUUUUGAGGGAAGCCCUCCUCCAUGCCUAGCUCAAGAGGGGGCAGUAUGCACAGAAAUUCAAGUUCAAAGCUCUGAGGCUUUAUUAACUCUAACGGCUGCAGCAGUGGAAGAGAAGGUCUUAGGAGAAACUGUCAAAAUUUUAGAAACAGGUGACAUGUUGGAGUCUGCAGGUGCACAUUUAGUAGUGGAAGAGAAUUGUUCGGAAAAAGGUGACGAGGUUACUGGUCGGCCAGGAGAAGAUGCCGGGCCUGCAGGGCCCGAGUCGCAGACGGAAUCAAUACCAGUAACAGUAUCUGCCACUGCUGGAAAAGGCAUACGUUUUGAUCUGGAAGGAGAGAAAACCACUUUGCAGAGAUGGAAGUCAGAUGAAGUUGACGAGCAGGUUGUUUGUCAGGAGGUCAGUGUGAGUGUAGCAAGAAAGGAUGAUUUAAAGGCUGAGAAUGAGAUUCUGGAAUUAGAGACUGAGAGCAGUAAACUUGUCCAAAACAUAAUUCAGACGGCCGUUGACCAGUUCGUAUGCACAGAAGAAACAGCCACAGAAAUGUUUACAUCUGACGUACAGACACAGGCUCACGUGAUAAAAGCCGGACAGAAAACAGAGAAAGAAGAGUGUGACCAUCAGGCCUCUGCAAAGGAGGAGACACAAGUCAGUGCGGCUAAAGAGGAGUCAGAGCUCACCGCUGCAGGACAGACGUGUCCUGCUGUUUCCAAAGAUGGGAGCGAAGCUGCAGAGGAGAUUGUGACCGCUGAAGUGGCAAGCGCCGGGGUAAAUGACAAGCAGCCUGAAGAGGCAACUCUCCCACCCGAGGCAGAGGGAGACGGAAUAAAGUCCGUGGCAGAAGAUGAUGGCCGUGCCGUGCUAGAAGAAAGAAUAGAGAAGCUGCCAUUGGAAUCCAAAGAAGAUGUAAAAGGUGAUGUUGUCGAUGACCCCAAGGAUCAAAACUCAGCUGUGGCAGAUCCUGAUGCCUCGGGAGAUUUAACCAAAGAAUCCCCAGAUACAAAUAGACCAAAACUAAGAGAGAAGGAAGCUGCCCAGGAAGUAGAAUUUCAGGAAGGGAGAGUGCAUACUGAGUCAGAUAAAGAGAUCAAAACCCAGACACAGGAGGAGAUGCAGGAGCAAGAGAGAGAAUCAGCCAAAUCAGAACUCACAGAAUCCUAAAGCGUCGUUUGAACUAAUUGUAUAUUUGCAAGAUGGGAAUGUGAAGAGGAGUAGAAGAAAGGGACUGCUGCUGCUGAGACCUAAGACCGAGAUUUCAGAACUUUGAGAACCGGAGAGCAGACCCAUCAACCGAUCUCAUUUCGACAGUCCCUGACAAUCCUGAGGCUUCAUCGGGAGCUGUAGCCAUUUAAUGUUUCCUCUUUUCAAGACCACCCAGUUAUUUUCCCUUGAUACCAUAUAAUGUUUCUGAUUUAAGGUCCUAAAUUUUUAACCUGGAACUGGAGUUGGCAACACCUAGUUCUGCUUCUCAAACUGGAGUAUCAUUCUUUAUGUAUUUAUAUGUAUGUUUUAAGUAAUCUUCCUUCUGUAUCUAUUGUAUAUUUUCUCUUAACUUUUAAGGGAAUGUGCAGUUUAACGUGCUUUUCAUAUCACACGAUAUGUGACAUGGCAUGCAGCCGUGGCGGAGCCUGGGGAAGCUGUGAGCCUCGAUUACAAUCUGUGAAAAACAGAGCUUCCUAGAAAUGACAUUCCUGAUCAGAAGAUACAAUUCUUAUUUUAAAAUUCACUAAUGAUUAGAUCCAUGUUUACUAGUACUCCAAAAUUGGUCACUUCACUAUUAUGCACAGUGUGUUAAAAAUAAAAAGCAUUUUGAAACAUACAGAAUAUUCCAUGGUUACUGUGAAAUUUUUCUUUCUAGACCAGUGCAGGUUAGAAAGAAGUUUUUUCCCAGUAGCAGAUUUAACAUUUAAGUCUUUCCUCGUACUGGUUAUGGUUGUUUGGACAGAUGAGUGUGUUUAAUCCUGAGGCAAUGUAGUGAAAUGUUUUUAAUGUUAUGAAGAAAAGAAUGGGCUGUUAAACGUUUUUGAUUCUUAUAUGCUGGACUGCCUUCACACACAGCAUGAAAUAAGUCAGGUUCUUUACAAAUGGUAUUUUGAUAGAUACUGGAUUGUGUCUGUGCCAUAUUUGUGUCCAUUCUUUUAAGAAUAAUGUUGCAUUAUGUUCAAUUGGAUAAAUUGUUAUUUGACAAACGAUUUAAAUAAAAUAUUUGCUUCACUUAGA